ACUAGUUGUGUACGAUGACGAAGAGGCUUUCGAUUUUUCAGAAGUAUGAUGAGUAAUUAGAGAGGAAUGGAAUGGGGAAAAAGGAACAAGAUAAACAAUAAAAAUGGGGCGAUAAAACUACAUGUGAGAGACUUUCCAGCAUAUAUUAAAUUUCUUCUCGAUUACAGUACUAUUUGUGCAUUGGAAACUACAAUACAUCUUUACUAUGAUAAUUGUUACCUGGAAGCCAAUACCACCUAUGAAAAGGACUUGUCGCUAGUUGGUAGGAAAGUUAAGCUGAAGGAAUUGAAGGAUAUUUCGGAUGAGAAAAAGGUGAAUAAUUGA